CACUGAAAUAUAAAAAUAUAUCGAUAUUUUGUAGACAAGCGUACAUCACAAUUAUUUAUUGAAAUUCAGUGAAUGAAAAGGAAAUCAAAUUACUUUUACAGUUUCUUUGAACGUACCAAGCUAUUAAAAUGUUUGUUUCUCAUAAAAACCUUUUACUACCCCUAUUAGUAUUAUUAAUAAUAAAUUCUGUGUUUUGUGAAAACAAAUAUACGCGAAGCGCUAAUGAAAAGAAGAAAAAUGAUGUAGAAUUUCGAACUUUGGAUAAACCUUUCAGGAUGAACAAACUGAAUCUCUUAUGGACGAAAGCUCAACAACGACUUACAGAACCAAAGUUGAAGUCUUUAUAUAGCGACUUAAUGAUACAAGAUAAAGAGGAAAUCACAUACAAAAGAGUGAAAAGUGAUGGCGGUGAUAAGGAAGGCCUCAAAGAGGCUGAUUUGAGACGCAAACUGACAAACAUUAUGACUAACUAUGGCCUGAGGGAACACUUUGAAGAUAAUGUUGGCAGACAAAAGGAGUAUGCAGCCUACAACUCAGCACUAGAUGAUCAUAUCAACAGAAGUCUAUUCAAAGAUAAGAAAUUGAAUCAGCUGUGGGCAAAAGCUGAGGCCUCUGGGUUCACAAGUGAGGAGCUGUCUGCUCUGAAGGAAGAAUUCACUCAUCAUCAGGACAAAAUUGAUCAGUACUAUGACCUUCUGGCGGACGUAGAGGCUGGUGAGAAAGAUCAGUAUAAAAAUGCUAUAAAUGAGGAUGAGAUAGACCGGUAUAAUGAAAUUAAUAACCAAUUAGAAACAAAUGAAAUAAAAAAGGAUUACCUUGAUAAAGCUAAUUUAGUGAGGGAGAAACAUAGAGGGCUCCGAGAUGGAAUGGACAGGUUGCAAAGAAUUACUGCAAGAGGUCCAAACAACAAAGAAUUUGUAGAACCAAAGGUGCAGGGCUUGUGGACAAUGGCUGCUGCGUCUAACUUUACUGUGGAUGAAUUGGCGUCAUUGAAGGUGGAGCUGCAGCACUAUGAAUCACGACUGCUCAAACUGCGCACGUUGCAUGCUGAUCAUGUAAGAAAUGUAGAUAAAUAUAAGAGCAAGGUGGCGGCAACUGGCGACAAGAUGGACCACUUCGAUGAUCAACAGCAGAUGAUCAAAAAACAUUCCCGCAAAGUCGAGAAGAUGCACGCUGACCUCGAAGGCAGAAUACUACAGCGUCAUUCAGAGCUGUGAGCUGUAUUGUAAAUUGUACACCUAAUAGAUAUAUUAUAACUAUACCUAUUUUAAAUAAUUAUAGUUGUUAAGAAAUUCAGUGACAGCUAUUAUGAAAUUACUGUAUUCAAUAUACUUUUUGGUAAGACUUAGGCAGACGAUAUAUAUUUUUCAACAAUACCAGAUGUUAUACAGAAACAUUACAUUAUUUCUCGUCUGUGUAGACCCUUAUUUUUUAAAUUUAUAGUUACAACACGCAUUUAUUAUAUUACAUGCAUAUAUACUAGUUACUUUAGGAACAUUCUACAUAACAAGCAUUUGUACAAUUCAAACUAUAUUGACUGUGCCAAUUCCAUAGUUUGGAUCCAUCUACUAGUGUUAUAAGCUAAUGAAAUUAUACUUAAGAUUAGACAUAACUGGAAAAAAAAUACCUAAGAGUUAUGCUUCGUAAUUAGAUUACAUUUAUAUCCUGUGUAUGUGUUUACUAUUUUAUUGAGACCAAACAAAAACGUUUUGUUUUUCCUAAUAUUAGUAGUAACAAUAUACGAAUUAUUGAAAGUUUUGUAUGGUUAUAGAAUCUAUGAAUCCAAUAAUUAAAAUUAACAUAAUUGUGUUAAGAUUCACGUCUAACGCGUGCUAUAAGUAGUUCGAUUUUAGUGUAUUGAUAUUAGAAUCAGUCUCAGUAUGAAUGUUGUAUCCAGUUUUUGACUCAGUUUAGUUGUCAAAUUGUAUUUUUUUUAUAUAAUAUAACGUACAUAUUUUGUUACAUAUCUAUUGAAAUUAUUAUGAAUGACGAAUCUCCAUUGAUAAUAAUUUAUAUUAAAAUUA